GUCCAGGGGACAACCGGUAUUGGUGCCAUUGUCUGUGGUCUUUUAACAGUAGGCAUAUCAAGCGCUCCCAUAGCACAUACAUGCGCAAGAACAUGACACAAAGCAUUUGGUAGCUACUGUUCUCGCACGUCUUUGUGUAUUACUGCCGGUCCAUUGACAAGAAAUGUAUUGACUAAUAUACAAAUAUCCCAAUACAUUAGUUAAUAAGUCUGGAACUAUGUCAGCAUUUAACCUGGAACGCUUCCGUUUUGAUAAGGGAAAGAAAAUCGAUACUGAGUUUGGUGAAAAGGGUGCAUCAAGUCGACCAAGCACACCAAAUUCCCAGCUGGAGGACCAUGUGACUAGCAUCCCUGAGACACCUGAAGCUAAGAGGGUGAACAACCCUUCACUUUUUAAAAAAGAUAAAGGUGUCAGUUUCCUGGAUUCAGACUCCGAAAAUGAAGAUCAUCAGAGCAAAUCAAAGUUCAGUUCUACACACCAGCAAUCACACCCAAGGGAGGAAAAUGGCACAUCUGAUUCUGUAACGGAUGAUUCUGAGGAUGACUAUCUUGCUGUUAAAAGGCCAUCGGCCUCUACUGCUCAAGUGAAAGAUGGAUCAAAAUACAAGAACCUCCAAAGGCUUAAGGAAAUUUUCCCUAAACAGAACAAUGAUGAGCUUUUGAAAUUAAUUGAAUCAACAAGCACUCUUGAUGGAGCAGUAGCUGCUGGAGUAGUUUUAUUUAAUAAAGAAGGUUCAUCUCGAAAAAGGAAAUUAGAUGAAGUCCCUAAAGACAGCUCUCCAGUUCAUGAAGGCAUCAAUGGACAAACCAAAAAGAAGAAAAAAAUUGAUCGAGUAUCUUCUGAUAAUGAUAGUUCUCUAUCUGAAGAUGACUGGGAAAAGCAAGAAGCAAGUGUAAAGAAGUUGCAACGACACUUUCCUGAUUUGGAUAAAGAGGAGCUUAGAGAAGUUCUUCAAGAGCAUGACUGGUCCUUCCAUGAAGCCCUAGAAGCUUUAAAACUUUUUGCAGAGGAUGAAACAGAUGCUUUGCAAAAUGCUGCCAAAAAGGAGGUUUCUAACGGAAAAGAGUUCUCCAGAUCUAACAAAAAUGACAAUAAAAGCAGUGCCAAAGCAAAGGCAAACCAAAAUUCAAAUAAAGCAAUGGCUCAGAAUGGUGUAAAGAAAAAGGGGAAAGGGAAAAAAUAUUCUGAAAAUGCUAAAAGGGACACGAGGGACCUAGAAAGUGAAGAAUCAGCCUCUGAUGCUGGAAGUUGCCUGGAUGAAGACUAUAGCAGUGGUGAUGAGAAACUGGAGGAGGAGUACAAAACAAAAAUCCUUAGCUUCUUGCAGGAUGCUUCACUAGAUGAACUGUAUUUGAUACCUCAUUGUUCUCAUAAAAAAGCUCAGAAGAUCACUGAGCUCCGGCCCUUCAGCUCUUGGGAGUCACUGUUUGAAAAAAUGACCAAAUCUAAUGGGCUUUCAGAAGAUUUGAUAUGGGACUGUCAAACAUUAAUAAAGGAAAGAGAGGUAGUUAUGAAGCUUAUGAACAAAUGUGAAGAAAUUUCAAGGACACUGACAAAACAGGUGACUCAACUUACUGAAGAUGGGGAAUGUGGAUGGAAUAUUGAGCAGCCUUCAAUUAUGUCAGAAAACUUGGUGCUUAAACCAUAUCAGAAGAUUGGUUUGAAUUGGCUUGCAUUGCUGCACAAGCACAAAGUAAAUAUGAUUCUUGCGGAUGAAAUGGGUCUUGGAAAGACUGUUCAAGCCAUAGCAUUUCUUGCACACCUUUAUGUCACUGGUGAUUCAGGUCCUCAUCUUGUGGUUGUACCUGCUUCAACAAUGGAUAACUGGAUUAGAGAGUUUAACCAGUGGUGUCCUAGUAUGAAUAUUUUACUAUAUUAUGGCUCUCAAGAAGAACGAAAACAUUUACGCUAUGACAUACUCAACAAGGUUGUUGAAUUCAAUGUGAUAGUGACAACAUACAAUUGUGCAAUCAGCAGUGCUGAAGAUCGCAGCUUAUUUCGGCGCCUCAAGCUUAAUUUUGCUGUAUUUGAUGAAGGCCACAUGCUGAAGAACAUGAGUGCAAUUCGGUACCAACACCUUAUGACUUUAAAUGCCAGGAGUCGCUUGCUUCUGACUGGAACUCCAGUGCAGAACAACCUAUUAGAACUCAUGUCCCUACUAAACUUUGUAAUGCCACACAUGUUCAGCAGCAGCACCAGCGAGAUCAAGAGGUUGUUUUCUUCUAAAGCGAAAUCCACCGAUGAGCAAACUAUAUUUGAAAAGGAGAGAAUUGCUCACGCCAAGCAGAUUAUGAAGCCAUUUAUACUGAGAAGAGUGAAAAGUGAGGUUCUAAAACAACUACCUCCUAAACAAGACAAAAUCAAAUUUUGCCAGAUGUCCAAAAAGCAGGAACAGUUAUACAGUGACCUCUUGAAUAAAUUAAAGAAGUCAAUUGAUGCAACUGAGAAGAAUUCAGAACUGUGCAAUGUAAUGAUGCACUUGAGAAAAAUGGCUAACCACCCUUUACUACACAGGCAGUAUUACACAGCAGAUAGAUUAAGAACCAUGUCCAAACUUAUGCUCAAGGAACCUACUCACUGUGACGCAAAUCCAGAUCUCAUCUUCGAAGAUAUGGAAGUUAUGACUGACUUUGAGCUACAUAGACUGUGCAAUGAAUUUACCACACUUUCACAGUAUAAACUAGAGAAAGAACUGAUACUGGAUUCUGGAAAAUUUAAUAUACUGGAAAAGCUUUUAUCUGACAUUAAGAAAAAGGGUGACAGAGUUGUAUUAUUCAGUCAAUUCACCAUGAUGUUAGAUAUUAUAGAAGUUUUCCUGAGGCAUCACCAGCAUAGAUAUGUCAGGCUGGAUGGGAAAACGCAGAUAUCAGAAAGGAUACAUCUUAUAGAUGAGUUUAACACUGACAUGGAUAUAUUUAUAUUCCUUCUGUCAACGAAAGCGGGUGGCCUUGGGAUCAAUCUCACAUCAGCAAACAUAGUCAUUCUCCAUGACAUAGACUGCAAUCCCUAUAAUGACAAGCAGGCAGAGGAUCGAUGUCACAGAGUUGGGCAGACCAAGGAAGUAAAAGUGAUCAAGUUAAUUGGCAAAGGAACCAUUGAAGAGUCAAUGCUGAAGAUAAGUCAGCAGAAGUUAAGGCUUGAACAAGAUAUGACAACUAAUGACACAGGAGAUGAAGGAACCAUCCCUCUGGACAUGGCUACUUUACUGAAAACAUCCCUAGGCCUUUAAUGCAACAGCAGCUCUGUUCUGACACCAGAUAUAAAGUAGCAGUCGUUUUUCUACUGACUUUGCCAUUUCUGAACAUUUGUACUUUUUUGUAACCAUUUGAUAUUAAAAGUGCUUCAGUAAACCUCAAGCUGUGUAACAAAGCUGAGCUGGUAUGGCACAAGAACUGUUAUGGCACAAGUUGUACUCUCCCAGCUGGCACUUGGGUGCCAUGUUCUCCCACACUGCCCAUAUGAGGAAUGGGUGCAGACUCUUUAGCGCUUAUAUCGUCAGUAUUUUUGUACUGCCAGUGGUUGCCUACCUCUGCUGCUCUCUGCUGUAUUCCAGGGAAUAACGUGUAUAUUUUUUAUGAAGACACUGAUGUUGGCUUCUGUUUGUUUUUCUGUUACAUUUAUUUAGGAAAGUCCAAGGAAUAAAAUGUACACUCCAAAUUCAUAAAUAAUUGUGUUUUGUAAACAAAAUGCAAAAAAAUAAAUAUUUGUUAACUGCC